AUGUCUCAUCAACUCGGUCGUGUAGUUUCGCAAAUACUUCAUCGCUACUUCGGUGAAAUAGUACAAAACGUCGGCUACGAUCUUUUUAUAUAUGGAGGUAAAACUAUCAAUAUGAUUGUGAAGACGACAGGACUUCCUCGCACGCAGGUCAUAGAUAGUUUGAGAACCUUGCUUAAGUUUGAUUUAGCAACAUUUGAAAGCACAGACGUUUUUGUUAAUUACAAAUUAUUACCUGAAAAUAUACUACUGCUUAUAAGAUAUCCAAGAUAUCUACUGCAAAUGAAGAGCAAGUAUGGCAGCGAAGCAGAAAUGUUGGUGGAAGAGUUGUUGCAGCAGGCCUCCUGCACCGCUACUGUCCUGUUGGUCACUGUCAUGAGCAAAAACAAAGAUGAUAAGGAAAAGAACUUAAACAUGAUCAAUCUUAGAGACACAUUUACAAGUCUGGUCACAGCUGGUUACAUACAACAGGCGCCAGUAGCAGAACUGAGGGAGGGGAGUGACAUCCCCACUUUAGUGGCAGCGGAGACCAAAGUGCCGGAGUUUGACUUGAGAGAUCUUAUGCAAGCAAUGACCAGUAAUUUGGCUGAUGUAAAGGAUAAUGUGUACUGGAAGGUUAAUUAUGACAGAUUUCAUUUAGACUUCCGGGAUGAUGUUAUGAUAAAGGCUAUAACGCGACGAAUCGAUGAAAAUGCCGGGGAACUAAUGCGCCUACUGCUGGAACAGAUGUACCUAUCGUCUGCCCCCUGGGCGCCCGAGUCGACCCCCGUGCCCGCCAUGGACGUACGGGAGAGCGCGCGGAGAAUCGCCGACAAGCCACUCUUAUCGCAACACAUUGACCAGUACCUCAAAGUUAUUGAGGAGAACGGCGCGGAGUUCGUGCGGCGCAGUGGAGACGCGGGCGGCGGCCAAUACUCCGUGUGCGCGCGCAAAGCCGCCGACCAGUUGUUGGAGGCUCUGCUCGACCACACCGUCACGGAGCGACUGGGCUCCAAAGCGCACAGGAUAUUUAGGUUGAUUCGUUCCAAGAAGUACAUAGAAGAGGAGGACAUACAGAAAAACGCAAUGCUGCCCAACAAGGAGUGCAAGGAGUUGACUUACAAGCUAUUAGAAGAACAUUUCAUUAGUGUUCAGCCAAUGAGGAAAGCGGCCUCUGCCGGUGGGACUGCGAAAGCUAUUUAUUUAUACCACGUCAAGAUACACGAGGUCGCGCACACAGUAAGAGAGAUGUGCUACCGCGCUUUACACAACAUAAUAUCCGUGGGGGCACACGUGCGACAGUCGCACGCGCGACUUCUGGAUAAGCAACGCCGCGUACGAUCCAUAGUGCAUGGCAUGAGGAUACGAGGGGAACCGCAACAUAAUAUUGACGAUGUGCUGGAGACUUUGACGCCGCCCGAGCUAGCGGCAGUUAGUGCGGCCGAGACGCGACUCCGCACACUGGCCGCAGCUGAGAUAGAACUCGACCGCGCCCUGUUUCUGCUCUCCUGUUACUUCGCUUACCCGCGAUAGCGUAAUAAAGUUGUGGAAGGCUUCGGCCGUGGCUAGUUACACAUCCUGCAGACAAACACGUGUUGAGAAACGUGCCAUGGGUAUGUAUUUAAUAUAACAUCAUACCCUUUACAAGUUAGCCCGCUAUCAUCUUAGACUGCAUAAUCACUUACCGCUAGGUGAGAUCGCAGUCAAGGGCUAAAGAAUGCGAGUUAAUAAAGAACAUAAAGCACAAAACAGCUAGCAUGAGUAGGAGACAUUUCCCUAUAUGGAAAAAGGAAAAAAUGUUUAUUCUACAGUUUUAUCUAUUCCUUAGUAAGGUUGUCGAAGAUUUAAAAAAAAAAUGUGGAGAUUGGUAGCAAUUCAAUUAUACAUAAAUAUAUAAACUGAACUAAAUUGGACUCUAGGAAAAUUGUUAUGGAGGCGUCUCAAUUAAGUUAAGUUUAGAAAUGUAUUUACAACAAAAUUUGUACAAACACUUG